CUCUGCGCGUACUGCCUGUCACUCUCAGCUUCUUCUUCUUCUUUCUUUUUUUUUUGUUCAUGUUUGGUCAACGCGAUUCGCUCAUUAUUUCUAUUAUCGCGAGAUUUCCCCAUUCCCCCCCGGGAGUUAAAUCCCGACCGCUGGUGCGAAAGGUCCGCUGUUACCCUCAGUCCGUCCUGUUCGGCUCGCCCGGGACCCGUCGCGCGCAACAAAACUCGGGACAGCAAUGGAGUACUUCAACUUUUAUUUUCUCCUCUUGUUCUGGAUGAAGCCGUCACAUGUCGCGUGCUCCAUCGACGCAAGCCAGCCGCCCGUCCCCAUCCCUAAAGAGAAACUGCUGGUGCUGACUGUUGCCACAGAUGAGACAGAUGGCUUCUUCCGCUUCAUGCAAUCCGCAAACUUUUUCAACUACAAUGUGAAAGUGUUGGGGAUGGGGUCCGAGUGGAAGGGUGGUGACGUGGGGCAUUCCAUUGGUGGGGGGCAAAAAGUAAGACUACUGAAGGAGGCCAUGGAGACUAUGGCAGAGCAGGAGGAUCUUGUUGUCCUCUUUGUGGACAGCUAUGAUCUUAUCUUUGCCGGAGGGCCAGAGGAGAUCCUCAGGAAGUUCCAGCAAGCCAAUCACAAGGUCAUUUUCGCCGCGGAGGGACUAAUCUGGCCAGAUAAGCGACUGACUGACAAGUACCCCAUGGUCCGCAGUGGGAAGCGCUUCCUCAACUCGGGAGGUAUAAUUGGCUACGCCCCAUACAUAAACAAAAUCGUCGCGCAGUGGAGCCUCCACGAUAACGACGAUGACCAGCUCUUCUACACUAAACUAUAUCUGGAUCCACUGCAGCGAGACACUCUGAAUAUGACCUUGGACCACAAGUGCCAGAUUUUCCAGAACCUGAAUGGGGCCAUUGAUGAAGUCCUUCUCAAAUUUGGAACGGACAGAGUGAGGGUUAGGAACUCGUUGUAUGACACCCUGCCAGUGGUGGUGCAUGGCAAUGGAAACACCAAAAUUUACUUGAACUAUUUGGGCAACUAUAUCCCCAAUGUCUGGAACUAUGAACGUGGCUGCAGCAACUGUGAUGAGAAUAUGGUGGACCUGUCUCAGCUGAAAGACUACCCAAAUGUGCUGGUUGGAGUGUUCAUCGAACAGCCCUCGCCGUUCCUUAUGGAAUUCUUCCAGCGGCUGCUUACCCUGGAAUACCCCAAAGAUAAACUCAAACUUUUUGUCCAUAACAACGAGGUUUACCAUGAGAGGCACAUCCAGAGGUUUUGGGAGGAGAACAGAAAUGUGUUCGGCAGUUUCAAGGUUGUGGGGCCAGAGGAAAAUCUGAGCCAAGGAGAGGCCAGGAACAUGGGCAUGGAUCUUUGCCGUAAGGAUGCCAAAUGCGACUACUACUUCAGCAUCGACUCGGACGUGAUGCUGACUAACCAGCAGACACUGAAGAGCCUCAUUGAGCAGAACAGAAAAAUAAUUGGUCCCCUUGUCACUCGGCACGGCAAGCUGUGGUCCAACUUCUGGGGAGCCCUGAGUUUGGACGGUUACUACGCCCGCUCUGAAGACUAUAUCGACAUUGUGCAGGGCAAACGUGUGGGACUGUGGAACAUUCCUUUCAUGGCACAUGUAUACCUUGUAAAGGGCGAGAUUUUGAGGAAUGAACUGAAAGAGAGAAACUAUUUUGUUCUGGAGAAACUGGACCCAGACAUGGCCUUGUGUAGAAACAGCAGGGAAAUGACCAGUCACAGAGAAAAAGACUCCCCUUCUCCGGAAUCAUUCCAUAUGCUCAGGCCCCCAAAGGGAAUCUUCAUGUACAUAACAAACCGCCAGGAAUUUGGAAGACUAAUCUCCACAGCCAAUUACAAUACUUCACAUUAUAACAGUGACUUGUGGCAGAUAUUUGAAAACCCUGUGGACUGGAAGGAGAAGUACAUCCACCCAAACUACACCCGCAUCUUUACCGAGAACUACAUGGAGGAGCCCUGUCCAGAUGUGUUUUGGUUCCCUGUCUUCUCGGAGAAGGCCUGCGAUGAGAUGGUCCAGGAGAUGGAGCAUUAUGGAGAGUGGUCUGGAGGCAAACACGAGGACAAGCGGAUCACUGGCGGCUAUGAGACGGUGCCAACAGAUGACAUCCACAUGAAGCAGAUAGGCUUCGAUAAAGAGUGGCUACACUUCAUCCGGGAGUUCAUAUCGCCGGUCACUUUAAAAGUGUUCUCGGGCUACUACACCAAGGGCUACGCUAUAAUGAACUUUGUGGUGAAGUACACACCCGAGAGGCAGGCGUACCUGAGGCCCCACCACGACUCCUCCACCUUCACCAUCAACAUCGCUCUCAAUAACAAAGACAAAGACUUCCAGGGCGGAGGCUGUCGUUUCCACAGGUAUAACUGUUCCAUAGAGUCACCGAGGAAAGGCUGGAGCUUCAUGCACCCCGGACGGCUGACCCACCUGCACGAAGGCCUGCCCACCACCAACGGCACCCGCUACAUCGCAGUGUCCUUCAUCGAUCCCUGAACUCCUCCACGACUACAGAUCUGUGUUAUACCUGGCUUUUAGUGUGUCGCUUUUGGGGGGAGGGGAACAGUUUUGGUUUUUGUUCUUUGCAUCUGUUUUGUUCUGUCAUUCGAUGUGUCGGCAAACUCCGAUUUUUUUUAUUUUUUUUUAUUUACUGUUAAAGGGUAACUGACAAUAACUUUAAGAGACUCUGUUAAACAGAGUGUAGUGCCUAAAGCGGAGUGAUUUUCAGUCAUCCACAGUGUAGACACAAAAGUGAACACACACAGGAGGGAAACAAAUCACGACUUCAGCUGGUAGAAACUCCUCAUGCCGCCGCGUGCAUACGUCUCCACCUGUAUGUAUGUUCAGUGUCAACUGAAAAGAUUCCAAUAUUUAUUUCGUGUUUUUUGUUGUUAGCUUGUGGAUUGUGCUAGUUGUGUUGAAUUUUUUUACACAGUUGGCUUCACUCUGCCGUCAGCAGACUGUCAGAUACUGUAGUUUUAAUAGUGUUUUAAUGGCGAGUUGGUGGAACUGUUGGCGAACCAGCCGCACCAGGUCGGGCCUCGUGUGUUUCAGGUAAAAGGUUCGAAUACUGUAUUAGCUCCUCGUUAGUUUCCAUAGUGAUUACUGGUGCUUAUCAACGUCUCCUUCUCCUCCCGGGUGAGGUGUCUAAACCAGUACCUGGUCUUCACUUCCGCUUUAAAUCAGUCACACUUCCGUUUUUACUUCAUAAUAUAUGAUUCCGCACAAACUAGGGUUGCAAUUAAAAAAAGAAAAAGAAAGAAAAAGAGAUCUCUAUUUUUGUAACUUUUGACAACAGGAUUUGAUAUAAAUUCUGUUCAACUGAAGUUCGAUAUUUUGUUUCACUUGAAAUGUUUUUUUUAAUUAUUAUUCGUAGCAGUCUUUUGCUAACUGAAAACAUUUCAGUAAUGUUUACUUUCUCUGAAAGUUGUGUGAAUGAAUAUUGCACCUCAGCCAAUUAAAAUGCUUAACUUAUUGAAUCAUGGAAAUUUAAUAAAAUGUAUAUGAA